CUCUCUCUCUCUCUCUCUCACACACACACACACACACCCCGCAAAAGAUGGCAAACUGCUCUAGCAUUACCAUUGUUACCAAGCAAACUUCUUCUUCUUCAAAAAUGCAGGACCUACAUGGGUUGAAACUCCAGCACUGGUGCUCGGAAGUAAUGGUGGAGUCUAAUAGCAUUUCAGUGCAUCACCAAAACCAGCCUUCGAACAUGGAAUCACCAGAACCACCAUUUCAAGAGACUUACAAAUCCCUCCUCGACGAAACAAAGCCAGCGCCCGACAACGACGUUGUCGGGACCAUAGAGGAACGCGAGCUGCCGCUGAUCGACCUCAGCCGGCUGAACAGCGGGGAAGAGGAGAGAGAAGACUGCAAGAGGGAGAUAGCCGCGGCCUCCAAGGAGUGGGGGUUUUUCCAAGUGGUGAACCACGGGAUCUCCCGGGACAUUCUGGAGCAAAUGAGACGCGAGCAGGCGAAGGCUUUCAAGAGGCCGUUCCGGGAGAAGGUUAACGACGAGGGUCUGAACUUCUCGGCGGGCUGUUACCGCUGGGGGACUCCGUCGCCGACUUGCCUCGGCCAGUUAUCUUGGUCCGAAGCGUUUCAUGUCCCUUUGGCUGAUGUUUCCGGCUUGGAUGGUCUCACAAGUACUCUGAUCAGCUCAACCAUGGAACAAUUUGCCAGAACGGCUUCAGACCUAGCACAAAAGCUUGCCGAAAUCUUGGCAGAGAAAAUAGGUCACAAAUCCACAUUCUUCAAAGAACAUUGUUUGCCCAGCACUUGUUACCUCCGGUUGAACAGGUACCCGCCGUGUCCCAUUUCUCCUGAGGUCUUCGGGUUGAUGCCGCACACCGAUAGCGAUUUCCUCACAAUACUGCAUCAAGAUGAGAUCGGAGGAUUGCAGUUGGUCAAAGAUGGGAAGUGGAUUGCUGUUAAACCAAAUCAAGAGGCUCUGAUUAUCAACAUCGGGGACUUAUUCCAGGCUUGGAGCAAUGGGGAUUAUAGGAGUGUUGAGCACCGGGUCAUGACCAACAAGCUAGUGGAGAGGUUCUCCACAGCGUAUUUUUUAUGUCCGUCAUACGACACCCUUAUACAGAGUUGUGUUGAGCCUUCCGUUUAUAGAAGGUUCAGCUUUGGCGAAUUCAGAAAGCAGGUCCAAGAGGAUGUCAGAAGGUUCGGUCACAAAAUAGGACUUCCCAGGUUUCUUGUCUGAACUAAUACUAAGCCAAAUGUGAUUAGUUGAAUUUUGCAACCAAAAAUAGUUUUACAGGUAUAUAAUCACCUAGUGAUCAGUUUAAGUGCAAAAUGGCCUUAAUUAAUUGUAUACUAUCUUUUCUUCACCAACUCAAAGUUGAAUUGUUAAUAGCGUCUUAAGACGCAAAAAAAGAAAAAAAAGAAAAAAAACUAUUGAUUCUUCAUUUAAAUUUCAGAUGAACGGCAAAGAGUAUUGUAGCUAAUUGUAAUUGUUACUACUAGUACUUAGUUGUUGUAUACAUUGGCAAUAUUAAUGUGUAAUUGUAAUUUUGGUCUGUCAUUGAAUUAAUCUCGAAGUUCAUAG